AAAUCACUCACUGAGGCUAUUUAUAAGCUAUCGAAGACUAUAUGAGAACAGGUAUACGUUUUUUGAUUGUCCCAAUUUGAUCGGAGUAUCAUUCGGCACUGUUGCCUGUAAAUCUUCCGAAAUUGAACUUAUUUAACGGAUUCCACCACAGCUGAAACAGGGCGCGAAUGUUUCACUAAAAAUUCGGGAGUACAAACAUCAAGGAACUAAAAUUACUUACCUCCAUGUGGUAAUUAGCAUGAAACAAGAAGCACAACACACACACGUCCACCUACGACAGCGCGAAACCGACGACUGAGAACAAUUGAUGUCUUCAUGCGCUGACCAGGGCACUACAUUCAUAGCCACCGGCGCCGAGGCGUACGAACACAACGAAUGAUACCCCUCAGGAUCUAGCGCCUCCCGUGCCUUUGCCUAUGUGAGUGCUUCCGACAUUUUUUGCCGCUGUGCUACAGUUCUGUGCAAAAUCUGGAAAAGCAGAGCGAAGACUGGUUCCGUGAUUGAGUGUCGAAACUCUGACAGGGAUCUGAUCGUGUGGGACGAAGCUGUUUGUUAAAUUCAUGAGCCGUCGCUAUACAAAGACUGCCCGCGUUCGAGGCCUUUUGCAAUGCACGGGUUUCCACAAAGAGAAAAAAUCAAGCUGAUUCGACAACGAGAUCAAUUAAAGCAGCACUACAACAUGGGACAUUACUGGUUGGAAGUCUCUCUUGAGGAUCUUGCCAGCUUUGACGAAAUGUUGGCAGACAAGUUGAUGAAGCAGCCUUCAGAUCAUCUACCAGUGUUUGAAGAAGCAGCCAAGGAAGUUGCAGAUGAGAUCACGCGUCCUCGGCCGGAAGGGGAAGAAGAAAUUGCUGACAUCCAGGUCAUCCUGAAAUCUGAAGCCCUUCCACUGCCCAUGAGAGAGAUUAGGUCUGACCAAGUGUCACGGCUUGUGAAGGUGCCUGGCAUAGUCAUUUCAGCAUCAGGGAUCAAAGCCAAGGCUAUCAGCAUUGCACUGCAGUGCCGAUCCUGUCGGGAAACUGUGCCCAAUGUCGCAAUCAAGCCUGGCCUUGAGGGUUAUGCACUUCCACGACGUUGCAAUAGUGAUCGCAGCGGGCAGCCCAACUGCCCAGUGGAUCCGUACUUCAUUGUCCCAGACAAGUGCAAGUGUGUUGACUUCCAGGUGCUCAAGAUGCAAGAAGUUCCAGAGGAAGUGCCCUAUGGAGAGAUGCCUCGUCAUUUGCAACUGUAUUGUGACAGGUACCUGUGUGAGCGUGUUGUGCCUGGGAACAGAAUCACGGCCAUCGGUGUGUACUCCAUUAAAAAGGCUGGACGCCCUACAAAGAAAGGACCACACGAGAAAUCCAACAUCGGCAUCCGUGCUCCGUACUUGCGUGUCGUGGGAAUCACGGUGGACACCGAUGGGGCAGCACGUGUUGGUCGGGCACCCCUUUCUCCUGACGAGGAGGAUUUCUUCCGUCACUUGGCUAGCAGUGACAACGUCUAUGAGCGCAUCGUCAACAGCAUUGCUCCUUCAAUUUAUGGCUGCCCAGACAUGAAGAAAGCCAUUGCCUGCCUCUUGUUUGGUGGGUCGGUUAAAAGGCUCCCUGAUGGCUUGCGGAGACGUGGUGACAUCAACUUACUGCUGCUGGGUGAUCCUGGAACAGCAAAGAGUCAGCUGCUAAAAUUUGUUGAAAAAGUGGCCCCUAUUGCAGUCUACACAUCAGGCAAAGGCAGCAGCGCAGCAGGUUUGACUGCAUCUGUGACAAGAGAUGCAGCCACGAGGAACUUCGUGAUGGAAGGAGGGGCCAUGGUGCUGGCAGAUGGUGGAGUUGUCUGCAUAGAUGAGUUUGACAAGAUGCGAGAAGAUGACAGGGUGGCCAUACAUGAAGCCAUGGAGCAGCAGACCAUCUCAAUUGCGAAGGCAGGUAUUACGACAACCCUCAACUCUCGCUGCUCUGUUCUGGCGGCGGCCAACAGUGUCUUUGGUCGCUGGGACGAUACAAAGGCCGACGAGAACAUUGACUUUAUGCCUACCAUUCUGUCCCGUUUUGAUAUGAUUUUUGUUGUCAAAGAUGUCCAUGAUGAGCGGAGAGACACGACUUUGGCGAAGCACGUGAUGAAUAUCCACAUGAAUGCUGCCGCCGAAGAACCAAAAGAAGGGGAGCUCAGCCUCAAUGUCCUGAAGAAGUAUAUUGCCUUCUGCAGAGAAAAAUGUGGUCCACGGCUGUCUCCUCAGGCUGCUGAGAAACUGAAGAACCGGUAUGUACUCAUGCGCAACGGAACCAGAGAGCAUGAACAAGAAACGGACAAGAAGUGCAGCAUUCCUAUCACCGUCAGGCAACUGGAGGCAAUCAUACGUACUGCUGAGUCACUGGCCAAGAUGCAACUGCAGCCCUUUGCAACAGAGUCUCACGUGGAUGAAGCCUUGAGGCUUUUUCAGGUGUCCACACUAGAUGCAGCACAUUCUGGAAACCUCUCUGGGGCUGAGGGCUUUACUACAGAAGAGGAGCAUCAGCUGUUGCUCCGCAUCGAGGGCCAGCUCAAGCGACGCUUUGCCAUUGGCUCACAGGUCUCAGAGCAUAGCAUUGUCCAAGACUUCCUGAAGCAGAAAUACCCUGAGCGAGCGAUCCACAAAGUCUUGCACUUCAUGAUCAGACGUGGUGAAAUCCAGCACCGAAUGCAGCGCAAGAUGCUAUACAGGAUCAAGUAACUCCCCGAUCAUUGUUCGUGUGUUUUUAUAAAUAAAUAUUUAUCGUUGCA